AUGGUGUGCAACACAAGUCAAACCACGACACAGGGAGCAUCUGAAACAACUGUUCCACCAACCCAAGAUAAACAAGAUGAUCGGAUAGAUGGAGGCGAAAGUGAGAAAAAAGAAAUCUCAGCCAAGGACAACACAGACUGUCAGCCUGGAGACCAGUUCAGUAAAGGUGAAACACAGUCAACGAAUACAAAUGAAGACGGAUCCUGUGAGAACUUAGACAGUGAUCAGGCUCAUUUUCAGGAACACACAGUUACAGCAGCCACAGCUUUACCAUCUCAACCUGCUGACUUCAGUGACACUAUUCAAGACAGGGAUUCGUCUAAAAAAGAGGUGCGACCUGUUGCAGAAGCACAUUCUCCCGAUAAGGACAGCACACAGACGGAGAAGAAAAGCAAUCCUAGUCAAACUGAUGGCAAACAAUUGUUAUCAAAAAAUGAGAAUCAAGUCACGAUAGAGCCAAAAUCAGAUGAAAGUCGCGUCACAACGAACAAACCAUCAGAAUUAACUUUACAAAUCCCAAAUGACAAAGCGAAUGACCAGGGCGAUGAACCGGAACCUGAGCUAAAGAAAAACAUCUCAGCCACGAACAAGUCAGAUAAUAAAUUUGGAGAUGCUUCAAAGGAAAGACGGCAAGAACCUGAGAGCCCAACACAGCAGUUAGAUGACCACGGUAAUAAUGUUGAAAACAUCGGUCCUACCACCCCAGAGGCUAGUCAAACUGAAGAUCCACAAGUUACUAGCGGAAGUGGAAAAUACUUGCUAGCAGUUGCUAUAGUAGUGGCAAUUGUUGCUAUCGCGCUGCAUUUUCUUCAGCCAGAAUCUCCGCCUCAGACGAAUGAUGUACCGAAGAUAGACGUCUUCCUCAGGCAGCUGGAAAAAGUAAAGACUCGGUUUCCUAACCAGCGUGCUGAGCUCUGGAAUAGGGGCAGGAUCCACCUUAAGAGACACCUUCAGACCACACAGCCCACGGAGCCCGUGAGUCUGAUUCUCACUGCAGGCCUCAGAGCUGAGAAGACGCUGAACUGCCUAGCUCGGGACCUGGCCUCUGCCUACUCUUCUGCCGUGAACGCCUCCGUCCUCCACAUAGAUGGAGCCAGCAAAGCCAGCCAGGACAGUGACCACGUCAAACUGGACAUUGACAGGAAGUUGCAGGGAGCUUUUGAUGGAGACAAACCUGUAGCCGUCAUUCAUCGCUUUGAAGAGCUACCUCCGGGCUCCACGCUAAUUUUUUAUCGUUAUUGCGACCACGAGAAUGCCGCAUACAAGAAAACUUUUCUGAUCUUCACUGUACUGCUGGGGGAAGAAGACGAGAUUCCUGCUAAGAUUAGCUUGUGUGCUGUUGAGGAGAUGGUGGAUGACCACCUUCAAAAAAAAUUCCUCACUCAUGGCCACCCAGUGUCUUUUGACAUGAUGGACCUGGACAAAUAUGGUGGACUGUGGAGUCGUAUUUCUCACCUUAUCCUCCCCGUGGCAGCAGAGCAGAGAAUAGAGCUUGAAGGGUGCUAGAGAGCAGAAGCAUUCAUUCUAGUCUGAACUUUUAAUCUGGGCACUAAGCUGGGUAAUUCAUCAUUUGGGAGGUAGUAGACCUCAAGGAUAUUGAAUAUACAGAUGUGGACUUUCAGAAUGAAUGAGAAUCAUUAUGGUAUGGGAUUUAAAGUCAUUUCUCUGAUCAGAUGUAAUUAUGAACAGAUAAUUGUAAGUUUAUUUGGUCUCUGCAUUAUAUUUAAAAUUUUGAAGGUAAUUUCUGCAUUUUAAUAAAUACUUGGAGUCACAAGAUAGAAGGAAGAACAAUUCUUUUGGUAUCACAGCAAUGGGGUUUUUAAUUGUUAUUGCAAAUGUCUUCUGUGAUUCGGAAACUUGCAUGGCACCGACAUGCCUUAACUGAACAUACAAAGUCCUUUUUGUCUAUAUGUACAUGUACGCGUUACACUACGGGAUAAAAAAUGAAGAUAAGUACAUAAAUUAUAUGUGCCUUAAAGUAAAAAAUAAACGCUGAAGAAUUUUAAAUGUCUUUUGUGACUGGAAUGAACACUGUUGCCACCAGAGGGCAGCAAAUCCACAUCUGAAACUUGUCUCCAGCGUCUGUGAAAAGGCUUGGUGGCAUUUUGAAAAGCAGCAUAAAGUUUGCAUAUGAAGUCAAGCUACACCUUCUUUAAUCUGGAACUGCAAAUUAAAUUGAACCUGAAAUAAAA